CCGCAGUGUAUAUACAUCUACUCUGUACUCCUGUAUUUUAAUUCCUGCGCCUUAUCCGACGCACUAUUCAACCGUCUCUCCUUACGUUCUCCCGAGAGAGCCGCAUAUUAGCUUAUUGCGGUUCGGCGCCAGACACAGGAAUUGCGCGACUGUGAUCUGUUCACUUCAUCUACGUUGAGAACCACCUCUCUGCCCCCGUCCAGAUUCCUCAUAUCUACUUCAACGCACUCGCCAUCAUGCGCUUCUCUGCAGUUUCCGUCCUGGCUCUUCCGCUUCUUGCUGCUGCUGCCACGAAGGAAGUGAGCCCUCUCGAACGGAUCAUCGCCCGAACGCAAGUCUACUUUGAAAACAUUCUUUCAAAAAUCCCCAGCCCAAACCAGGCUCACUCCGAUGUCGAAGUGGAUGCUGCUGCUGCUAAAGCGGGCAGUAAACCUCUCCAUAUCUUGACUCUGGACGACUGGAAGGAGACAAUUCAAGGAAGCGUCAAGCCAGCAAGCUCAACACCUGAAGAGUGGUGGGUCUUGGUCACUGGAGGCAACAAGACCUGCUUCGGCCAUUGCACUGGAGUUGAGACUGCGUUCAACGAGACUGCGGCCCUCUUCGCCACUGAUCCUACGGCGCCGCAUCUUGCUUACCUCAACUGCGACAACCAGCCGGUUCUUUGCAACAGCUGGAGUGCUGGUCCACCAAACCUCUGGGUCAUGCAUGUAUCAGCACCGCCAGCCCCUGUCGAUGUUCGGGUCCUCCACUUGAACUCUAGCACGACAACUGCUAAGACCUUCACUGAUAUACAUUCUACCAAGUCCUGGAAGGAGAAGGAUCUGUAUGAAGGCUACUUCCACCCCUUUGAUGGUCCGCUUGCCAAGUACGGCCUUGCGGUCCCUCUUGGUUAUUUCUUCUGGGUCCUGGCUAUUGUCCCUAGCUGGGUCUUUAUGAUUGCCGUUUCUUUCAUCAGCAGAAACAUCAUGGGCAGAAAAGCCCUUGGACCAAACCCAGGCCAAGGAGGGGAAGCGGCCGCGGCUCCUCGCGCUCGCGUAGUAAAUAACGGAUGGAAGCUGGGAGUGAUCAAUCAUAAUAUCAUUGAAAUCAUUGGGUAUCAAACUCCUGCCAUGCAAUCGUAUUACUGGAUCGGUCCAAGUCAUCAUUUCCCGCACGAACUGUCCAACCUGGUUAAGCCCUCCAGGACCUGCUCCCGAAGCUGCCCAUUUGCUAACCGGCCAUAUCGCAAAUCGCUCAGCCCCCCGACAGUUCCCCUGAUCUGCUCUAAAAGGGCGUCAGCCUCCUCUUCGAGCCUUCGGACUUCAUCUUCGACGUCCUCAACAGCCCUCUCCAUUUCCGGCAAGAUUGAGGUUAAGGUGUGCGGUUUCGACACUGCUGCCCUCCGUGCUUUUACAACAGCUCGCCGCUGUGCAUUUCCGCGUUUGGUUUCCGUAGCUAUGUUAUGGGCUACCGCAUCUGCAAUUUGUGCACGUUGA